GCGUGAGUGUACGUCGCUCCACUUUCUGAUCCAAAUUUCAGUUUCUUCUAUAACUUGUACCUACAUUGUGAACAAGAAAGUGUGAUGAUAGGAAAGAGAAAGUGUUUUGGAUAGAUUUCUGAAGAAUGGAGAGAAAAUAAGGCUGAAGGUUCAUCCCUUGGCGUCCGUGAGGGAGGAAGUGUACGUAGCCUUGAACGUAGAGGAUGGUGAAUAUCGCAGCCUCGAAGAGUGAGGACUUGGUGGCUACCAUGGAUUUGGUCGCUACCACCGAGUCCAAGAAAAUGGAUGUUGUCAGUAUUGCUGAAUCAAAAAGUAAGGAAGCUGUUACUGCUGGAUCAGAGAGUAUUUAGGUAGUUACUACUGCUGGAUCAGAGAGCGAGAACUUGGAUACAAUAGACCGAUCAGUAAGUGAUGAAUUAUUUACCACUUACGGACAAGUGAGGAAGAUGAAAGUAAUCAGUGAUGAACUACAGGCGGGUCAAAUGUUACCGUCACUAAAUGAAGUGACAUCUAGACAAUCCAGCCAGUCAGUGGAGAAUAACUCAGCUCUGGAAGAAAUGAGUUGGAUGGAGCAGGGUCGUCUGUAUCAUCACUUAAUAGAAGCAAUAUAUUCAGCAUCGAAAGCAAGGAAUAAAAGAAUUUACGAAGAGAAUGUGGCACAGUUGCUAUCCUCAAAGGCACCCUUAGUGUCUCCUGGGUCGACCUAUUGCAGUCCACUUCACUUGGCCAUCACCUACAACUUACUGAACAUCUUGAGGCGCCUUCUGGAUAAUGGCGCUUCCCUGACAGCCAAGUACUUCGGCCUGGUUCCCUUCCAGGUAGCCUGGCGAGCCACAGGGGUCACUAGUGAAGUGAGCAAUUACCUCACCAGG